UGCGGCCCUGACGCAGAGGCUUCCCGUUGCCAGGCAGCGGCUGUCGUGACGUCUUCUUCUGUCCAGAAAUGUCUUCUUUUGUCGUCUGAACAAGUUCUACAGAUCCACGGAGAAGUUUUCUGUCUAAAUCACAGUUUGAGUGUACGGCUGAUCGCUGCAUAAUCAGUGUGAAUCUGUCAGAGCCAGCAGGCACCAUGGGAACCCUUGCGGAGCGUAAGGCGGUUAUCCAGCAGGUGUUCCGCACCAGGCGCCCGACAGCUGGGUACCUGAAUGCUCACCAGCUACAGGUGCUGCACGCUGAGAUCAGGCAGGGGGGCAUCAAUCUGCAACAGGUGGAGGCAUCUAUCCAGUAUGUGUGUGCAGGUGACGGUUGUGAGGAGGAUGAGCUGUAUGAUGUCCUACAGGAGAUGGACAGGAGAUACUAUCUCCUACAGGACCUGAAGUGGGAGUUUAGCCUGCUGGACCACGGGCACUCUGACUCUGUCACUCCGGAUCAAGCCAGAUUCAUGUUCGAGGCAGCACACGGGCAGCUCUUCUCCAAGAGGAAGUGGCAGAAGUUCCUGCAGUCCCGUCACCUUCCCGAGAGCGGUGUGAGUUUCUCAGAGAUCGAGGUGGAUCUCUGUAACAUCCCCAACAGAGAGGAGGUACUCAGGGAGAAGCUGGAGGAGGAACAACACUCACAGGAGAAGUUCAGAAGACGAGAAGAACAAAGAUCAGCACAGAAGAGGAGAGAUGAGGAAGAGAGGAAGAAGAGAGAAGCAGAAGAACUGAGAAAACGAACAGAAGAAGAGAACAGGAAAAAGGAGGAGGAAAGAAACUUGAAGCAAAAGGAAGAAGAAAAGAUCAAAGAGAAGAAAAGGCUGGAAGAGGAGAAAGAAAGAGAAGAGAAAGAGAGAAAACGUCUGGAAGCUGAGAAGGAGAAACAGAGACUGGAAGAACAGAGACGCCUGGAGGAGGAGGAGGGAAGACGUCAGGCUGAGCUGAUCGAGGUGAAACGAGCUCAGGAGAUCCAGUUGAAACUGGAGGCUGAGGCCAAAGCCAGGCAGGAGCAGAGGAGUAAGGAGUUAGAGGAGGCUAAGGAUGCAGAGGUGGCUGCUAAGGAAGCUGAGGAGGCUGAGAACCAGGCUAAGAGGGAGGCAGAAGAGGCUAUGGAGGCAGCCAAGAAGGCAAAAACAGCUGAAGAGAAGGAGGCUGCAGAAAAGGCCAGGAAAAAAGCAGAGGAAAAAGCUAAAGCUGAGCGAGAGUCUCGCAUCAGGAACAACCUCAAGGUCGCGGUGAAGUCCAAGGAGAAGAAGAAGUUGGAGUCGGCGAUUCAGGAGUUUAAGAAGGCGAAGCUGAAGGACACGGACGGAGACUUGGCCGCAGCAGAGAGGCUCAUUAAGAUGCACCAGGCUAAGGGAGCUCUUGUUGAUGCCAUGAAGAAGCGGAAACUGGCUGACCUGGAGAAGGCUGUAACAGCUGUGAAGAAGGGAGGGUUUGAAGUGGACAUGCCUGAAGAAAUGAUCCAGGCUAACAAACUCAUGGUUCGGUUGAAGAGACUGGAGAGACUACGUCAGGAGGUACAGAACCUGAAACAGUCCACAGUCGCAGAGAUCCGCAGUUACUCCAAACCCCCCGCCGCAGUGCACCAAGUCAUGAUCGCCACAUACCUGCUACUGGGCAACCCGGAGAAGGAGACCAAGAACUGGAAGCUAGUCCAGGCGCUGGUGGGUAAGACGGGGAAAGACGGUCUGAAGCGGCGAGUCCUGGAGUGUGAUCCCAUGAAGGUUCCGCCGGCGGCCGCGGCACGAGCCAAGGAGAUCCUGGAUCAGUUUGAUCUGGAUUCUGUCCGGGAUGUCAGUGGGGGGGCAGCAACCUUCUAUGUAUGGGCUGUUGGAGUUAUUGAGGAAGUAGAGGAAGAGAAAGAGAGAAGUCAGGACCAGGACUAACCAGUCUGUAACAAGAUGGAGACUGAGGGAUUCUUGUUGGCCAGCUUUGACCAGAGGAAAGAGCUUGUCAGGGACACUACAGCAUCAAGUAAUAGUACUGUCCUUCUAGGCUGAUUCUGUGUUUUCCAGUACAGCCAAACCUGUCCCUCUACCACCUGGCCAAUGUGACCCCUUCUUGGGGCUCACUUCCAUUAUCACAAAUGUGAAGAAUCCUGUUUAUAAUGACCACCUGUCCACAUAGACCAGG